AUGGCUUUCUCCCGCUCGCUCACAUCCUUACUCCGCACGUCGCGGCAUAUUGCUUCGCCUGCGCGUGGUGUCAAUCCCGUUAACAGAGUAUUCGGACACGACAGAUUCGGGGCCCGAACCUAUGCUGCCGUUUUCGAGCGAAACAAGCCCCAUGUGAACGUCGGUACGAUCGGCCACGUUGAUCACGGCAAGACCACUCUUACGGCCGCCAUCACGAAAAGACAAGCCGAGAAAGGCUAUGCGACCUUCCUAGAAUAUGGCGCCAUUGACAAGGCUCCUGAAGAGCGGAAGCGAGGUAUCACCAUUGCGACUGCGCACAUCGAAUACCAAACCGACGCUCGCCACUAUGCCCACGUCGACUGCCCUGGUCACGCCGAUUACAUCAAGAACAUGAUUACUGGUGCUGCUCUCAUGGAUGGUGCUGUGAUGGUGGUUGCUGCUGGUGAUGGACAAAUGCCUCAAACACGUGAACAUCUUCUGUUGGCUCGUCAAGUCGGUGUGCAAAAAAUUGUUGUUUUCGUCAACAAGGUCGAUACUGUCGAGGACCCUGAAAUGUUGGAGCUCGUCGAGAUGGAAAUGCGUGAACUCCUGUCCAGCUACGGCUUUGAGGGGGAGGAGACUCCCAUCAUCUUCGGUUCGGCUCUCUGCGCCCUGGAGGGUACUCGACCUGAAAUUGGUGUCGAGAAGAUUGAUGCUCUGCUCAACGCUAUCGAUACUUGGAUUCCUACCCCGGUCCGAGAGACUGACAAGCCUUUCAUGAUGUCGGUCGAAGAAGUGUUCUCCAUCUCCGGUCGUGGUACCGUCGCUUCUGGACGUGUCCUGCGUGGUGUCUUGAAGAAGGAUUCGGAAGUCGAGAUUGUUGGUGGUGGCCCUCAGCCGAUCAAGACCAAGGUCACCGAUAUCGAGACCUUCAAGAAGUCCUGCGACGAAUCCAGAGCCGGUGACAACUCGGGUCUCUUGCUCCGUGGUGUUAAGCGUGAAGAUGUCAAACGUGGAAUGGUUGUUGCUGUUCCCGGAACGGCCAAGGCCCACCAGGAAGUGCUCGUGUCCAUGUACGUGCUGACCGAGGAAGAAGGUGGGCGGAAGUCAGGCUUCACCCAGAACUACAGACCCCAGCUCUUCAUCCGAACGGCCGAUGAGGCCGCUGAUUUGGCCUGGCCCGAGGGCACCGAAGAUACUGGCAAGAUGGUCAUGCCAGGUGACAACGUCGAGAUGGUCCUCAAGACCAACCACCCCAUCGUCAUGGAGCCUGGUGAACGAUUCAACCUGCGUGAAGGUGGAAAGACGGUUGCCACUGGUCUUAUCACCCGUGUUAUCAAAUAA